CGGGUUCAUAAGAUUAAAAAUUGCCUAUACACGUAAUGCAUAUAGAGUAUAAAUGUUUUGUCGAUAUGAACUUGCAUAAUAUAUUUUUAUUGUAUUAAACAACGCUGAUAUCCUUCAUUAUAUCUCUGAAGAGUUUUCUACUUGUUUUUCAUACAUACUUUUGACUUUAUAUUAUAAACGAAGGAUAUAAUAAAUAUUGAACGUGAUUGGAUGUUAAUAUUUUUGCUCAGUGAAAGAAAUAAUAUAGUGUGAAUAGAGAUGAAGUUGAUAUGGGGUUAAUGCUACAUAUUUUUUUGUGUAUAUGUCCUUCUUGCGACAAUAACAAUGUUAUAUUAGAAAGAUGACAAUAUCUGUAUUAAAAACAAUUAUAAUAUAAAUAUAUAUAUAUAUAUGCUAAAAAGAAUUUAAAAAGCAGCAUUAGUCAUGUCUGUAUUGGAAGUGACUCAGAUUUCAACAAUGAGAGUUGAACCAAUAGAUAAUUUAUAUCUUGCUCUGAUACAGUGUUUUGCUAUUAUAUUAUGCGGAUAUAUUGCAGGAAGAUUUGAUGUUAUCACUAAAAUAGAAGGAAAUGGGCUAAAUACUUUUGUAGGAAAGUUUGCUCUACCUUCUUUAAUUUUCAUGUCAUUGGCAAAGCUUGAUUUUAGUCUAGUAAACUGGAAAUUCCUUCUUGCUGUAUUGAUAGCUAAAAGUUGUGUAUUUCUUGUUGUUCUUGGUAUAUCUCUUGUUAUUAAAAGACCAUCAAAUCCAGGUUGUGCUGCACUUUUUGCAAUAUUUACCACGCAGAGUAAUGAUUUUGCUAUUGGAUAUCCUAUGAUUCAAGCACUGUAUGAACAAACACAUCCUGAAUAUGCUGCUUAUUUAUACUUAAUGGCACCUAUAUCAUUGGCUAUUUUAAAUCCAAUUGGUUUUGUAUUAUUAGAAAUUGGUAAACGUUCUGGUGAAAAUCAUAGAAGUUAUAGAGACAUGGUUUGUUCUAUUGUAAAAGGAAUUGCACUAAAUCCAGUACUUGUUAUGACUGUUCUUGGUAUUCUUGGUAAUCUUGUCUUCGGUCAUUUAGUACCUGCUAUAUUAGCAACUGUGCUUGAUGUAUUUGGUAAUGCUUUUUCUGCAAGUGCUCUUUUAUUGUUGGGAUUAAUGAUGGUUGGAAAAGUACACAAAUUGAAGGGCACAGCUCUUGUAAUACCAGGUAUAUUGAUAUCAGUAAAAUUGCUGGUACUUCCUUUGGUCAUAAGAGAAUCUAUUAUUCUCUUAAAUGCUGGCGAGAAUGCUACAGAUACUCAAGAUCUAAGUACUUAUGGAUUUCUGUAUGGAACUAUUCCUACAGCACCAGCCUUAUUUAUUUUCACUCUUCGAUAUAAUAUUGAAAUUGAUUUGAUUGCAUCAGCAAUGGUUGCUUGUACUUUUUUAUCUGCUCCACUAAUGUUUGUAUCAGCAAAAUUAAUCGAUGCUGUUUCUACUGGAGUUAGUCCGAAAAAUUAUGCAUACCAACUGAAUAUAUUUUCUUUCGAUGUAAGCAUUGCUUCAAUAACAGUUUGUACAUGGUUAAUUAUUUGUCUAAUUGGAUUAAGAAGAAAAAAAUAUAAAUGCGUCACUCAUAAAUGUACACUUUGUAUAGUAAUUGCACAGCUAAUUACAGCUAUAGGUGUUAUAAUAUGGACCAAACUUGAACCUGAUAAUACUGGUUCAAUUUUAUGGUAUAUCCAGUUUAUUUUAAUUACUGUGGGAGUAUAUGCAAGUCGUAUGUGGACUGUAGCAAUAGCUGCAACCUUAUUAUACUUAAGUUCCCGUUCUCUGGAUUUUGUUUGCAAUAUUCAAAGAUGGUUUUACCCUAUUGGAUGGGGAAUUCCACUUUUAAUAGCAAUUAUAAUGUGCAGUACUAUGUCUCCAAGGGAGUCUGAACUUGAAUUCAGAAAUCCAAAUUUUCAACUUGGUACAGUUCAAGCUGCAAUUUCUACUUCUAUAUUAACAUUCUGUUUUAUUGUAACAAUGGGCUGUUUAGUCUUACAGCAGAGCUACCAGCGUCGUAACAUUUCAGCAUCUUAUUCUAAUUUAACGAAUAAUAUCGAAAAUUCCAAUAAUGACACUAAUAAUGACGAAAGACGCGUAGUAGAUGUUGAAGAUCUGAUUUCUUCAAAUUCUCAUCUUCCAAUCAUCGGCUGUGAAUAUACACAUGGUUGUCCAAAUGGUACAUGUAGCAGCAACAAUAACGAAAUUGAUGAUUGCGAAUUAUAUAUAGACAUUGAGAAUGAAAGAAACGAUCCUCAGUUUUUACGACAUCUUGUAUUUGUUAUUUUACUUCUAUGUUCCAUGUUCAUUGGUUUAUCCAUAUCAAUCGGAACAUUAUUAAUGGAACAGUUGACUGGAAUUUACGCAGAAUUAGCAUUUUUGGAUGUUGCCUUAAAUUUUGGCCAGUCAUUAAUCGUAUUUGCUAUUUUUGGAUUAGAUACUGGUCUUGGUAAAUUAGGAUGUUGGCUGCAGAAAAUGUGUCGUAAAUGGCGCACUGAGAAAGAACUGCAGCUUCCCCCUGAAGAUACAUUAAGUCCCGAAGUGAGAGCUAUUAGGGAUCAGUUUAAUCGUUGCCAUUUGGCUGAAUGUCGUGCUCGUAUAGCUAUAUGUCGUAGACGCUUAUUAAAGAUAUACAAAGGUGUUUUUACUGGAACUGAUUUAGUUAAUUGGUUGCUUGAAGCAAAUGUUGCACAAACUAGAGAAGAAGCUGUUCAAUACGGUCGUAGUUUAUUAGAAAGUAGGGUUUUGCAGCAUAUCGACGGCACUUAUCAUUUUUGUGAUCAAAACUUACUUUAUACUUUUAAUGGUUAAUUGUAAUAUCUGGAUCAAGUCUCAUAAAAAGACUAUUUUUGCAGUUCUGAUUAAAUAUAUUAUUGAAUAUUAAUUUCUUUUAAAUUGGAAUAUCUUUGUAAACUAUAUUUAUUUAAUGUAUUAUUUAAAAUAUCUCGAUAUUUAUUUUAACUUAUAUGUAAAACUUUUUUAUUUUAUUAAAUUAUGAAAUUAUUGUCUGGAAUUUAUUGUACAGAAUUUUAUUUGUAUCUGGCUAUGCUUUCUUUGUUAUUUAGUUACGAAUCUCGUAUAUAUGUUUCAUUGUCUAAUCAAAAUGCUGCAAAACAAAGUAAUACAAUAACAAUAUGGUAAUUAAUUGAAUUAAAUGCCAAAGAUGAAUAGUAAUAUUUAAUAUCCUAUUUUUAAAUAUUAGUAUUGUAUGCAGUAUUGACUUUUUAAUAUGAAACAAUACUUUAGAAUAUCUGUAUUUUUUUUACAGAAUUGUUAUGAGGUUUAUUGUUAAUAAUUUUAAAAAACGCUACGUUAAUAAAAAAUUUUAUUAUGUCAACAAAAUAUUAUAUAUUAUGCAAUAUGAACUGUAACAAAGUGUAAAAUGAAUAUAAAAUAAACAUCUUUGCUUGGAACAUUA